AUGGAUGGACCGGACACUGCGACCAACGGCCAGAGAUCACGCGAGCUCAAACGCAAACAACAACUCCGAGAAGCUCAGCGGCGCUUAAGACAGCGCAAAGUUGAAGCGCUUCAAGAUGCGACCAGCGAGGUCGAAGCCCUUCGUAAACAGCUUGCAGAGGCAACAGAAACCAUCGCACGCUUGAGCGCUCAGAGUAGCACUCCAACAAUCAAUGAGAUAGCCACACUCAACACGAUAAGAUCUCACCAGCCCGGAAGAGGCCAUCGAGGCGGGAUCGAAAAUGGACACAGCAUGAAUUCCCAAGCGGACUUCGAAGAACCCACGAUCGCACAAAACGUGCUUGGAGAAUCAUGGUCUCCGGUGUCUCCUUCGACGCUAGAGAGUUUCUUCCCUGGAUCAUCGAACGAUCUGUUAGCCCUAGACAUACCUGAUGUCUUCCAUUUCCCGCAAUCCAGCAGCACAUCGGAACGCUCUCCCCCCCUGAAUCUCACACACAAGUCUUCUGGACAUGACUCGAGACCAAUCUGGCCGCUUGGUUAUACUGCUGUCCUUGACGACUAUGUCCCAUACAUGCCAUUAGCAGCUCACUCAGACUCACCAUCAAGCCCUUCUGUCCAGACAGUUGGACAAUCAAGUCCACCACCAUACUCUCCUUUCCGCGAAUCGACCUUUGCGAAGAGAUUGUGGCGACGAUGCGCUGAGAUGGCGCUGCGCAUGCUGACUGACACCAGAAAGAACCAACCUUCUAUAGAACGGGCCUUUGGUGCUUACUUUGACCGUUUCUCUCCCGAGGUUGUUCGCAGAUCGUUGAGCACAGCUUUGGGAAGGGAUGAUUUCGGUGAAUUGGAAUAUCACGCCUACCCUGAUUUCCAGUUUAGCUCACAUAACCGAGUGAUUCAAAACGCAUCAACCGACAAGCUCAUGGGUCCUGAACACAUCGAUCUUGCAGAGGAUCCGUACAUGACGCCUCGUGACAUUGAGAAGUAUUUUGUCUGGAACGGUCAGCUGAGGCAGUCAUUGGACCCGAAGGGUAAUAUUGUGACUUCACCUUGUCACUUUGACUUUCAAGGCAAGCGCUGGAUCCUGGAAGAAAACAGACUUAUCCACACACUGAUGCACUUCUCCGUCUGUCUCGGUCAAGGUCCUGCACUCUUAGCCUCGCACGUCAUUGCUGCUACCUUCCAGAGCAUGCAAAGAGUUACGAUCUGA